GUCUAGGGCUUCCCCUCCGGAAGUUGAGGGCGUUCUACGGGAGCGCCGACUUAGCGGACGCCGGUGUCUCGGAGCUGGACGCGAUGGAUCUCGGGGCGGCGGGACCGAGCCCGGAGGAGCCCGUGGCGCAGCUGCGGAGCCUCAUCGGGGUGCUGCGCUCCUUACUGCCGCGGGUGCGGGAUGGCGAGGCCCGGGAGACCACGGAGGCGUUCGACGCGCACAGAUUUUGGGACACCCUCGGGCAGAGGGCCCUGGCCGUGUCUCAGGAAGCCACGAAGCUGAGCCUGGCCUUCGCAAGACCUCCCCCGCCUUCCCCAGAGGACUGCAGGAAGCUCUGUGAAAGUAUCCAGAAUGCUGUAUUGGCGGAGGUUUCCACAUACUACUGGCUUCCCAAAGACCAAGGUAUCACAUUACGAAAAAUGGUUCGAGAUACCAUCGUGGAUGUAGUGGAGGGAAUGGCCCAGCUUGCAGAGGUGAUUGUCAGAGCUCGACCGCAAUGCAUAUCACAGGAGUAUCUCAUAUCAACUGGCAGUGUCUGGGAAACGUGUGACCAGGUGUCUCACCUACCAAAAGAUAACAGAGCAGCAGCCCUUUCAAUGCUGGCUUCAUAUCUGAAGGUAGUGAAGGAUGCACUUGAGGAAAUGGAGCAGGCACAGGGGGAUGGUGGAGACCCUUACAGCGACAUCUUGGAAGAUGAUGAAUUGGGAUCUCGGGGUAAUAGGGACACGUAUUGGUCAGAAGAGGACCAACAGCUCUUAGCUCCAUGUAUGGGACUGAUGAAGGCCUCUAAAGCUUGCCUCAAGAAAGUCAGGUCAUCAGUGGAAACCCAUGGGAAGACAGUUGUCUCGGAUCAGGUUGCCCAGCUAGAUGACAUUGUAGAUAUUUCCAAUGAGAUCAGCCCUAGUGUGGAUGAGUUGGCUCUCAGCAUGUAUCCACCUUUGAAUCGGAUGGCUGUGCGACUAAAUGCUGCAAAACUUGCAUCUGUGUUGAAAAAGGUUCUCGAAAUCACAAAGGCAAGUCAUGUGUGUCCCCACGAAGAAGAAAACUGGAUCCAGUUUCUGUCAAGUGCCGUUGAUCACAACAUGAACAAAAUCAAGAACCUUACACAGGGUGAACUUUGAGCCUUUUUCCUCUUUUUCUCGUGGUGCCACAACCAGGCUCUGAUGUCAGCUGUUAGAGCCAGCAAGCUUCCUGGGUUGGGACUGCACUUUAAAAGGAAGGCCAUCGAGUAACCAAGACUGUUAAAUGUGUGCAAACCAUGUGAGCUUGAUGCUUUUUAUGGGUGGAAACAAAAGAUGAUUCUAUGACCUAUUUAUGCUACUUGGAUUCCACAGAGCUUUGUCCUGUACAAUAAAAUACCUUUUUUUUUUUGUUUCCAGAGAUGAUGCCAGGUCUGUAAUGGCAGUUCUUCUAUGAGUCAGUCAGUCACCAAGUAUUAAGUGCCUGCUACGUGCCAGGCACUUUUCUGGAUGCUGAGGAUACAGAUACAAAAAUAUGAAGCAAUCCCCUAAGGUUUAUAUUUGUCCAUAUCUUGCCAUGCAUAAAAUCAGAGCAUACUCCGAACAGCUUUACCCAAAUCACUGUGAUUGCAUUGUUGCGUUGAGCUCAUUUGCUUUGGUUUUAUUAUCAGUAAAAGCAGAGCCACCAUUUACUAUAACUAGUACUGCAAAAGAUCUAGGACUUCAUAUGUGUGUAUACUUCAUUCUCUGAUGCCGAUGGCACCCCUUCUGUGCUUUGAUAUAGAUGGUUUCAGAAGGUACAGUACUGCACCUACCACCACACAUUCCUCCCCAUCCCCCUUCUCUUCCACGCCCCCCCCCCCAAAAAAAAUACACAUGGUAACCUGUUUUCUUUCUCCAAACUUAGCUCGGCUGGUCUUUGGAUGACAGACCCAGAGACAUUUCCUGCUUUGUUUAGGACCUCUGUGUUAGAGCUUGUGCUUUCCUGGCCAUAGUAGCUUCAGAGAACCAAGGACCUUCUCCCUACCUCAAAGCUUCAGGGCAGAACUUGACAUUACAAGGGAUGGUUAAGAUUCUUUGGAACUUGGCUGUGUCUAAGUUUGAUAUGCUGUUGA